UGAAGUCUUACAAUAUUUUUGUUUCAAUGCUUUGCCUCUUAAGGGAAACACGUAGAAGGUGAAAAUGGAAAAUAUAACAAAAACUUAUAGCUACGGAGGAGUAGACUGGAUUUGUGAGAGAUGGACAGGUGUAAACUCGAUGGGGAUUGGGCAUGGAGAGAAUCCGGUCAAGUAUGCUCUUCCUCUUCUUCUCCUUCAGAUAUCUGUGGUCUCCCUAGUUUCCAUGUUUUUCCAGUUUCUUCUCCGGCCUUUCGGAAAAUUUGCAUUCCUCGCUCAGAUCCUGGCUGGGAUCUGCUUAGGACCAUCGAUUAUAGGACGUAACAAACAGUACAUGUCGACAUUUUUCUACCCAAGAAGCAUGUACAUAAUCGAAUCCUACGAGGCCAUAUGUUUCCUCUUCGUUUGCUACGUCACAACAUGUCAAGUAGACGCCAGGAUGAUAAAGAGAGUAGGCAAGUUAGCAUUCAUAAACGGCAUCGUACUUUUCCUCAUACCUUUCAUAUGGGGGCAAUUGGCGGCCUUCUUGAUCUCCAAGGGGCUGGGAGGUAGACCCGCCGGGAUACCUCUGGUGGAGUUUAAUCACGUGGCAAUCGUGGAGUCCACCAUGUUCUUCCAGGUGGUUUACGGAGUGUUAUCGAGCCUAAAGAUGCUGAACACCGAGCCAGGGAGGUUAGCACUUGCCUCCAUGAUGGUGCAUGACUGCCUCUCUUGGUGUUUUUUCAUGCUUAAAAUCGCCCUUGACCUAAACGCUGAGACAGCCGAUAAAAAUCGCGCCUAUUUCUUGUCUGCCGCACAGAUGCUAAUGAUAGUGGCAAUAGUAUACGUGUUCCGACCGAUAAUGCAGUGGAUGAUGAGAAAAACACCGGAAGGACACUCUCUAAAGGCCUCAUAUCUCUCAGUUAUAUGUGUCUUGCUUUUCAUCUGCGCUCUAUGGUCGGAAUUUGUGGGAUUACCUUACUUCUUUGGCGCGGUGGUCUUGGGGCUAGCCACCCCGAAACGUCCGCCACUUGGAACAGGACUCUCAGAAAAAAUGGGGUGCUUCAUCUGGUAUUUCUUGAUGCCUUGCUACAUCAUAGGGAUUGGCUACAACAUCGAUCUCUCUCUGUUUUCCUUUGGAGAUGUUAUCCGCUAUGAGCUUCUUUUUAGCAUGGUCCGGUUCGCCAAAGUCUUGGCUAGUGCCUUGCCUUCCCUUUACUAUAAUGUGCCACUUUGGCACGCAAUUCUUGUUGGGUGUAUCGUCAAUAUCCAAGGAAUUUACGAUGUUCAAAUCUACAAACAGAACUUCAAUUACAGGAAAAUAUCAAAGAAAUCAUUUGGAGCAAUGGUGAUGUCAGCAAUGGUAAACUCAACAAUUCUCAUAGUGAUUGUCAAGAAAGUGUACCAAACAAUGAGCAAACGCAACCCUUACAAGAGACGUACAGUUCAACACUGUCGAAUCGAGGCCCCCUUGAGAAUCGUCACUUGUUUCCGGCAGCGCGAGGCGGUGCGUCCGGUGCUGGAUCUCGUCGAACUCACUCGUCCAGUCAUCGGAUCUCCUCUGUCCGUCUUCGCUGUGAACUUGGAAGAGCUGAAUAACCAUAGUCUUCCUCUUCUCAUUCAUCACACGCAAGAGAUAAGUCCCUUCAUCGUGCCUAGUCCAAGAGACCAGAUCGUGAAGGCCUUCCACAACUACGAGAGGAGUAAUCCGGAGACAGUGCUGAUAGAGUGCUUUACGGCGGUGGCACCGCGGAAGACGAUGCACGAGGACGUUUGUACAAUAGCCUUUGACCAGGAGACAGAUAUUGUGGUCCUAACCCUUGAUGCCGGGAUCGAGUCGUGGGAGAGGCUGUUGUGUAGGAAUCUACUGCAAACAUGUCCGUGCUCCAUCGCGCUCUUCAUAGAGCGAGGGAGGCUCCCUGAUUUCAGGUUCGUUCCCAUCCAAAAGCUUUGCAUCAAUAUAUGUGCUAUCUUCAUAGGCGGACCAGAUGACCGCGAAAUGCUUGCGUAUGCUACACGUUUAGCAUACCAUCCGAGCGUGGAGCUUCAUGUCUUCCGGCUGGUGGAUCAGAACGGUGUCUCUCCGCUCCGAGACAUGGUGGAGAGAAGUCACGACAUGAGAGUCAUCAACAUGUUCCGCAAAGAGAAUUCUGAUAAUAACAUCACCUUCAGAGAGGUAAGAAUAGAGGAAGCGGUGGAACUGCUGAAUUUGCUUAGGAAGGAAGGAGAUGACUUCGAUGUGAUGAUGGUUGGGAUAAGACACGAAGAGGGUCUUUUGAUGUUGGAAGGAUUGUCAGAAUGGAGCAAUUUCAAGGAAUUAGGAGAGCUUGGUGAUUUGUUGAUCUCCAGAGAUCUCCAGCUCUCUGUUUCUGUUCUCGCUCUCCACCAAUGA